AUGGAGGAAGAUAUUCGACGGCGCCUCCUAAGUGCAGAAGAACAGCUCCUGUCCGCGCUUAGUGCUGACCAUCACAACUUGGCCUCGUACGAGCAAGUAUGGUCUUCGCUGGGAAACGAUCUCGCGUCUGCUAUCGCCUCGAAUGCAGUUGAUUCUGAUGUCCUUCAUCUUGCCCACACCGUCGCCUCGCACAUAUUUGAUCUGAGCAUCUACAUCCAGGAACUCCAGCAUUCCGAAGAGGACACAGUGCAGCGAAUCCGAUGUGACCAGGAGAGCAUUAUGGAAGAUUUCUGUCACCUCUCCAUCUCUUCUCCGGAGCCGCCAUCCAUUGCCUCGUCUCAAUUAACCGGUCCGUCACGUCCAUCUGCCUUGGAGCAUGAAAGUACAUUUCCAUUUAUUGCACCGGCCCUGGACUGGCUUCUCUGUAACCUCCAUAACCCUUACCCCUCUCCUGAGACCAGGAGGACCAUCGCAUAUACAUCUAGCUCCCCGCUGGACUCCGUCAAUGACUGGUUUAAAAACGUUCGCAAGCGCAUAGGUUGGACGGCGAUCCUCCAGAAUCACUUUAAGGGCUAUAAGCGUGAUGCUCUCGUCGCGGCCCACCGCGUUUUGGUCGAUGAUGAUGGUGACACUUCCUCUAACGCACCAGUGCCCCCGAAUAUUGCUUUUGACUUUGUACAAAUGAAGGUCGCCGCUGAAAGCCUCUACGAAACAAAGAAUCCUAACAGCGGGCUUGCCGGCCAGCUCGACAAUGUAGUAGAGGGUUUGAGGGGUCGGGGAAACUGGGGCGGUGAAACUAGCGGAAAACGGAAACGGAAAGCUGAACGAGAGUCGGAGCCAAGGAAAAGGAGGUGGCCAGCUUCAAAGCGUUACCCGACACCCUAUUCUUCUACGAGUUCUUCUCCGGUACCGGCAUUGGAGCAUCUCCUGACAGAUACGGACGAUGAAGAAGUUGACUCGCUACCUUCCCCCGGCCAAACUAUCGUCAGCCGCCACGUGUCGAUAUCGUCAGAUUACUCAGAGCCCACUUCUCCGCUCAAUAGUCUUCGUGCAAAGAAGCGCAGGCUGGAUGAUGGCGAGGUUACACCUCGGGUACAGAGCAAAGUGCUCGAGCACAUAGCUAUGUCUCCUGCGUCUUCAGAAUGCUCCGUUAUCAGCAGGAGUCCUUCAAUGCAACCUUCUCAGCCCCCCUCGCGGAAAAGAUGCCUAUCUGAUGUAUAUCAUACUCGGCAGACCUCUAGUGCUCGUGCCGACGAAUGUCCUGUUACACAUCGAUUUCGACAUUCCCAGAGCAAACAGCUGUUUUCUGAUGCAGACACCGAAGAGAAGCCCUCGAAGCGUGUACGGCCUAAUGACAUCGUUUCUCGCCCACAGGUUACCUUAAAAUCCCCUCCCUUGUCGACCGCUUUGGACGCGAACUAUGACUGGUUUAGCACACCUACGGCGGUUUGCACCACGGAUCUUCAGGAUGUCUCAGGGCCAGUCGAUGUCCGAUUAUUCGAUUAUACCACAGUAUCUGCAGUCGACCCUAGUUCCUUUGAUAUUUUCGAAUCCUCAUUAUCAUUCACUGACGGAUGUGUCACCAAUCUGGACUUGACUGCCAUAUCAUCGGAUGUUCAAAGCCCUUACGGCUCGCAAGCAUUCCCCGUUCCCCAGGACUUCCUCGAUUAUUUUCCCAACGCUUCUGAAGGUUGUUCAUCUGCUAACGAGCCAACCGCAACUUCGAGCUCUGGUCGGAUACUCCUUCAGGCAGAAACUCAAUUAUCCGCCUUAGAGUCUUCAGGUUAUAAAGGCCCCCCCAAUCCUGGGUCCUCCCUCUCUUUAAAUGUCCUUGGAUCUCAGGGGACAUUUUCCCAAAUGGUUUCGGAAAUUGGGUUCUCCGGUCUGUACGAAGUUUACGACGCGGAGAAAGAAGCAAAACUUCGUCGCCUCUACGAACAUACUGUCGAGAUGGACCGGCUUCGACUAGAACUUGGUUUAGCUUGA